AGUAGCCGUCCAGCCGCCACGAAGCAAGCGACUUCCCAAAAAUGGCCAAUCUGCGUCCCCUGAGCGCCGAACUUCGUCGCAUUGCUGAAACGGAGCUAAACGAAGUGGAGGAGCGAGUGCCCGCGGAUCUGAAAGCUCUUCGGGAUUGGUUGGCCAAGCAACCUCAUCUGAGGGCCCGCCAGGAUGACCAGUUCCUAGUUGGCUUCUUGCGAGGCUGCAAGUUUAGCCUGGAGAAGACCAAGUCCAAGCUGGAUCACUUUUAUACUAUUAAGACGCUUAUGCCUGAGCUCUUCGGCAAAAGAUUGGUGGACGAAAGGAACCUAAUCUUGUGCAGAUCUGGAACCUAUGUUCGAUUGCCCAAACCUUGGGGAACCGAUGGCCCCCGCCUGCAGCUUACGAACUAUGAGAAAUUCGACCCUAAGGAAUUCAAGUUAUUGGAUCUCUUCCGCUACCAAACCAUGAUAACGGAACAGUCAAUCCGUGAGGAUGACCACAGCAACAUUAGCGGCUACGUCGAGAUCGUUGACAUGGCCAAAAUGAGCCUCAGUUUUCUGGCCCAACUGGAUUUCACGCUCAUCAAAAGGAUGGGAAUAUUCGCUGAGAAGGCACAGCCCACUCGCUUGAAAGGAGUCCAUCUGAUCAAUUGCCCCAAGGAGGGAGUGGCGUUACUGAAUUUGGCCAAGAGCCUAAUGCCCAGCAAGCUCCAGCAGCGGUUUCACGUGUAUAAAAAUCUCGAGCAAUUAAACGAGGUGAUACCACGCGAAUACCUGCCGGAAGAAUAUGGUGGCAACAAUGGACGUAUAGCCGACAUUCAGGCGGAAGCGGAGAAGAAAUUGCUGUCCUAUGAGAGCUAUUUUGCUGAGGAUUCCCAGUACGGAGUGGAUGAGCAGCUGCGGCCUGGAAAGCGUGUUAAUGCGGAUUCAAUUUUUGGCGCUGAGGGAUCCUUCCGAAAACUCGACAUCGAUUAAAGUCGGAACGUGUUUUAAUUAGUAUUCAAUAAAAGGCAAAAACAAUCCUCAAAAC